AAUUCCUAAAAAUGAUGCCAAAAAAUGGCAUAAUUUAAAAGAAAAGACUGUUUGGGGAAACGAAAUUACUUCUACUUCCCGGGUAGCAAAAAUGAAUAUGAUCUUGGCUGGUGAUGGUCACAAUAAUAUCCAAAGGACUAACAGUUUAAAAAAUCCCGCCAGUAAUCGGUAUGAUAUAGUAAUUACCAAUAUGCCUUUUUCUUUAAAAGGUCCUUUUGAUGAAUAUCGAGAUAAUUACUGUUUAGGCAAAGCCAAUGUCAUUCUUUAUCUAACUGCUCCUAAGGAAAGAAAACAAAAAGAAAUCUGGCAUUUUACAGUUAAAAACGAUGGAUUCACUGAAAAUAAAAGAGAGGAAAAGGGAGGCGAAAAUGAUUUUGAUAUUUUUUGGAAAUUUAAAGACCAUAGUGAAGAGGAAAAAUUGAAAAAUGGUUUUCAAAAGUUAGAGGUGGAAGAAAUAAAAAAAAAUUAUUUUGUCAGUAUUCCUGGCCUCUAUAAAAAAUUUGAUUUUACUAAGAGUAAACAUGAGACUAUUCCUUUACAAGAAUUAAUCGAAGAAGUGAUUAUUUUGCGAAAAGAUGCAGAUUUUCCCUUGUGGAGCGUAACUAAGCAAGAUAAUUUUGUUCCUCAAAAAGAAAGAUUUAAAGAGAGGAUAGCCUCAAAAGAUACUUCGGGUUAUAAAUUGGUUCCUCCUAAACACUUUGCUUACCGACCACCCGGAGUUAAUGUAGGUUAUAUCUGCUAUAAUAACAAGGAGAUGACCGGUUGCAUAACCGCUUAUUACCCGGUUUUUAAAGUAAAAAAUGAAGAAGAAAUAGUCCCUGAAUAUCUCUUUUGCGUUUGCCAAUCGGAAAAAUUUCGUGAACAAGCCGAUGCUUUCUUUCGCGGCACAGCCCGACCGAGCAUAAACUUCACCGACUUUUCUAGGAGAAUUGGUGAUCUUUGCUUGGUGAAUCCUCCUAAAUCUGAGGCAAAAGAGAAAAGCAAUAUCGACGUUUCUUUUUUACCGAUGGAAGACUGUGAAGAAUAUUCUCUAUACGUUCAUCCCCAGAAGAUAAAAAGAAUAAAAGAAAUUUAUCAAGGUUAUACUUACUUUCGAGAAGAUGAUCUAUUAAUUGCCAAAAUAACUCCUUGCUUUGAAAAUGGCAAAAUGAACAUUGUUAAGAAUUUAAUAAAUGGAGUUGGGUUUGGGAAAAAUUACAUGACCGGAACCACUGGCCGGCAAAGACUUAGACAAGAAUUUAUCGAAAACUAUUCAAUUCUUUUGCCCCCCUUAGAAAUUCAAGAAAAGUCGAAGAAAGACAUUUGCAAAAUCUUUGAUGAUAAUACUAUUCCGGAAGAAAUUCGCCGUUCGAGUGCGGCCAAAGCUGAACAAAUUCAAAAUUUUCAAAACUAUCUAACGCAAGGAACUUCUUAUUUGCUUUUGUUUUUAAAAGAAGAAAUUCAAGAACAAGUGAAGGCUCUGAAUGCUGAACUCCAAGUGCAAAAAGUUGAACAAGCCCUUGAACAAAUUCGUCAAGAAAAGACUACUGCCAAGCAACCGGAAGAAGCCACGA